GGAUGUUCUUAGCACGAAGCACCGACUGCCCGAUCUGAACCCCCACCAACUGCCCGAGCUCACGAGCCCCAGGGCCGUCAAUCGGGCCAGGCUGACCGUCAUGGCACUGACUGUUUGCCGUCGGGGGAUGAAAGUCCUGUGAAAUCGCGAUGGAUCGUGCACGACGCCGCUCCUCGAGUCGUCUCGUCCUCGACUAACAACAGGGGAAUAAACACCCAGCGAAGGCAAGGGAAAGGAAGGAAAGCGCAGGGAAAGGAAAGCAAAGGAAUCGAAUAAGUCCCAAGUUCGAAGUGGUUCUCGUUGUAAUGUGACAGCGAGUUGCGCCUUAUGCUCCUCCAUUCGCUCGUCCCGCGGAGGCAAAAUAUUCAUCUUUUGUGCUCUCGAUCUCUCACUAGCUCCGCUGAGCUAGCCGCUGCUGCUGCCACAGGCCGCUCCUCUUCGUCCCUCUGAUCUGGGUGGCUUGCUGGCUCGGUUGGUCAAAUUUUCGAUGUGCUUGGCUGGCUGGCUCGCUUGCUAUCGGGGAGGAAUGAGUGAGUGAGUGACUGGGUGGGGCAGGAUUCUUAGAGUUUUGAGAAUUGCAGAGUUGUGGCGUUGUGAAUAUUUCUGCUGCGGCUGAUUCUGAAGUCUGAAUCCAUGACCGGGUUUGUGGGUUGGCCUGUUCUGGUCAUCGCUCUGGUUCUCCUUAGCUGGGCUUCUUUGAGUGUUGCGCAUAAUGAUGGAGCUCCGGCCGCGCCCUGUAAAACUGAUGCCGGAUUGACUGUCCAGUCGGGCUUCAGGCCUGGUACCAUCACGGUCGAUGCGGACUCUAAGGAUUGGGCUGGUAUCCCGUAUUACCAAUUUGUUCUCACUCAGGCGAUAACUGCUGAUCCUAAAGCUCCUUAUCCCCAGGACUCGGGCCGGAUGCAAAUCAAGACAGUGCACGAUGGUCGUGAUAUUUUUUUCCUACUUGAGGUUCCUGGAGACUACGUUUACGAAGAUGGGCUAAAUACUGGUUGUCCUUCUGUAGCUUUGAUGUUCGGUGUAGGAGAUGAUGCAACCUAUCAUAAUAUGGGUGGCUGCUCUGAGAAGCCCGAUACAUGCACGUCUUCUACGUGUGCGGGACACGAGGUUGAUAUAAUGCAUUUUUCUAUUGGCUCUGCUAUCCCUGGUCGUCUUUACGGAGCCAAUCUUCUUGACAACUUAAACGGCACAGGCGCUGACAGUUUUGGGCAUCUGAACGAUAUGUACUCAUGGAACCCCCAUUGUCGUCAUGUUGAUGGACUCGGCCCAAAUGAUCAGAAGGAAGGUGCCGGUGCGCAAAAUGACUGGCGUGGUGCAUGGACUCACACUAGUAUUCAAAACGAUUACGGUUUGGUUCAAGGAGAUUCUCCCUAUGGGAAAGCGGGAACGAAAGGAUUUUACAUUUUUGAGCUUGCCAGACCGCUGAGAACCGCCGAUCGUGUUCAACAGGAUAAGCAAUUCACAAUUGGAGGUACACACCCGAUGGCAGCUGCCCUAUGGUAUCCUGUCGGUGACGUUCCUUGGAGUGCACAUGAGCACUACUCAGCAAACUGCGAUUGGAUACCGCUGAAGAUUUUGUCAGCUGCAGGAACCGGUAGUCAAACCAUAUCAAGGGUCGUGGAUACUCUGUCAAUACUAGCCCUGUUCCUUGCUUUAGCUGCUUUGGGCACUUCGUUUGUGGUAGGAUGGUGGGUGAAAACGAACCCUCACGCUACGUUCAGCAGCAUCAACCCCUUAUAGCAGGUGCAAGGAAAGCACAUGGGAAACAACCAGCAGCAUUCUAAACCUCAUAUAUGAGCAUAUGAGGUGACAAUUCUGGGUUCAACUCUCGUUUUGUGGAGUAGACAUCCCUCUUGUCUGUAGAACACAUUCAUAUUGGAGUAGUGGCAGAUCUUCAGCUUGCUUUAAGGAGAACAAGCUUGGCUCGACACUCAGUGGAUUCCAUCCUUAAAGCAGUGGAACUGUCUCAUUUCUGAUUUCUUGUGUACAGAACGGUGUAGCGAUUACUUGCUCGUCUUGGAAGCUCAUUUCAAGAGAACAGCUUUGAUAUAUGUUCAUAUAUGUAGAGUUAAGGGUUUGAGCAUACCAGUGUCUGAAACAUUUUGUCUGUUCCAAAGUGUGACACGAAGGAAUCCUCUUAAUGUUUGUGUACAGACAAAAUGACCCUGUAGUAUCUUUCCCUGGCUUCAACCUCGAAUGAUCCCAUUUUGCCCUGGUCCUAUUUGUGAAAAG